AUGCCUGAUUGCCAGAAUACACAAUAUCAGCCUGGUUCCAAACAUGAUGAGGGCUGGAGAAGGAUAGUUCGUAAUUUCACACCGUCAUGGUUCGCUGUGACGAUGGGUACAGGUAUCGUCUCGAUCCUGCUUCAUAAUCUCCCCUACAAUGCAGUAUGGGUUUAUUGGAUCUCUGUCGUGAUAUUCGCCCUGAAUGUACUUUUAUUUACCCUGGGGUGCAUCAUUAGCAUCCUUCGCUACGCAUUGUACCCUGAUAUUUUCAUGGUAAUGAUCACACACCCAGUUCAGUCCAUGUUUAUCGGCACUUUCCCCAUGGGUCUCGCCACAAUCAUCAAUAUGAUCGUUCUCGUCUGUGUACCUGCAUGGGGCGAGUGGACGAGAUACGUUGCCUGGGGAUUAUGGAUUUUCGAUGCCGUGAUUUCCGUAAUGACAGCUUUGUCAUUGCCAUUCAUCCUGAUGGCACAGGGAAGCGAAACUCAUCUUUCUUCCAUGACAGCCGUCUGGCUUCUACCCAUUGUAAGCUGCAUCGUGGCCGCCUCCUCCGGUGCCAUUGUUGCCGAGGUACUCCCCAACCCGGAACACGCACUCUGGACUAUUCUUGUCAGUUAUGUGCUCUGGGGUAUUGGACUACCCCUUGCAUUGAUGGUCAUGGUCAUUUACCUCCAGCGCUUGACUUUGCACAAGUUACCACCCAAGGCUGUUAUCGUCAGUGUAUUUUUACCGUUGGGCCCUUUGGGACAAGGUGGAUAUGGCAUGAUGAAGUUGGGUCAAUGCGCUCGAGACAUUUUCCCCAAAACUCACGCACUGGAAGAAGGUUCCGGACCCACCUUCUACACCCUUGGCUUUCUAGUUGCCCUGAUCUUGUGGUCUUUUGGGCUAGUCUGGCUCUUCUUUGCAUCUGCGUCGAUCGCCCACUGCAAGAAAUUUCCUUUCAAUAUCGGAUGGUGGGGAUUUACCUUUCCAUUGGGCGUGUAUGCAGCUAGUACAACCCAAAUUGGGACUGAGCUUCCAUCCAAGUUUUUUGCAGUGCUCGGGACCAUAUUAUCACUCUGUGUCGUUCUUCUAUGGGUCGUCGUGGGUAUUAGGACGCUGCGUGGGGUGAUAUCGGGCAAGUUGUUUUUCGCGCCGUGUUUAGCUGAUUUAAGGGUUGUAGAGGACAAGGAGGCGGGUAAGGCAGCAUAA